AUGACGGGAACACCUCAUUAUAAUAUUUUCAGAAUUAGAGGAGUUUUGAAUGGGCAGCGUGUGGUUGUCAUGCUUGAUAGUGGUUCUACUAAUAACUUUAUAGAUGCAACUCUUGUGGAAAAACGGGGGUUGCAAACUGAAAAACAUGAAGGUUUUGAUGUUAAAGUAGCAGGUGGAACUAAUCUGUCCAGUACUCAUAAAGUUCCUAAAUUGAGUAUUUCUCUUGGCAAUUAUACUGUUACUGAUGAUUUUUAUGUGAUUGUUUUGGCUGAAACAAAUGUUGUUUUGGGCAUUCAAUGGAUGGAAACAUUAGGUGAGUACACGCAAAGCUUUAAAAGAUUGGAAUUUUCUUUUAAGAUUGAUGAUAAGAAAGUAGUGCUUCGUGGUAUGUCUAAUGAUGGUCCUAGGAUCGUUAGUGCUAGAAGAAUGGAGGCUAUAUUCAGACAUGGAGAUGUGGCAUGGUCAGCACAAUGUUUAAUUUCUAACAAGGUACUAGGAUUUGAAUCAAAAUCUUAUCAAGAUGAUUUGUUAAAAGUAUUAGAUUCACAUCGUGUGGUUUUCAGUGAUAUUCCUCCAAGAGUUCCACCUGACAGAGGAUUUGAACACACCAUUGAACUAGUAGAAGGUGCCCAACUAGUUAUCACAACUUCUUACAAACAUCCUAAAACAUUCAAGGAUGAAAUAGAAAAGGUGAUUAAAGAAUUGUUGGAUAUGGGGCAUAUCAGGCCUAGUUCUAGCCCUUUUGCAUCGUCAGUAGUACUGGUCGAAAAGAAAGAUGGAACUCUCCGUAUGUGUAUUGAUUAUCGGGCUCUCAACAAAAAGACGAUCAAAAACAGGUAUCCAAUUCCUCGUAUUGAUGAGUUGUUAGAUGAAUUACAUAGUGUUGUUUACUUUUCUAAAAUUGAUUUCAGAUCAGGAUAUCAUCAGAUUAAGCUGAGCGAUCAAGAUAUUCAUAAAACAACUUUUCGCUGUCAUUAUGGUCAUUAUGAAUUUUUGGUUAUGCCAUUUGGUUUAACAAAUGCUCCGGCAACAUUUCAGUCUUGUAUGAAUCAUAUCUUCAGCAAACAGCUGAGGAAAUUUUUGCUGGUUUUCUUUGAUGAUAUAUUAAUUUACAGUAAUACCCGGGAUGAUCACCUAAAACACAUUGACAUAGUUAUUAGUAUUAUGGAAUCUCAAUCGCUUUAUGCAAAGGCUUCUAAAUAUCUUACCAAAAAGGGGGCAUUCCGAUGGACUGAAGAAGCACAAUCAGUUUUUGAGAAACUUAAAGAGAGUAACGUUCCCAAAUCUUGUGAUUUGCUUCAGGAUUGUCAGGAUAUUUUGAAAGCACUUAAGGAGAAUUUGCAAUGUGCACAGAAUCAACAGAAAAUUUAUGCUGAUAAAAGACGAGUCAAGCGACAUUUUGAAGGUGGUGAUCUGGUAUAUCUAAGGUUACAGCCCUACCGACAAUCAUCUCUUAAGCGUAGUGGUGUUGAGAAGUUAAAGCCUCGGUUUUAUGGACCAUAUCCGGUUGUUCGGAAACUUGGCACAGUAGCUGACGAAUUGGAUUUACCAGCAGCUAGCAGGAUACACAAUGUGUUUCACGUAUCUUUUCUCAAAAAGGCCUUUGGGACAGCAACUGACAGUGUCGUAGGAACUACCUCCCAUGAAUGA